GAGAAGGCCUUCUGCGGCUUAGGCGCGAAGCAGCUGCGAGCAGAUGCAGCAGCAGCAGCAGCAGCAGCAGCAGCAAACAUUAAGGAGACCCAAAAUAAGCUGAUUGGAAACAAUGCAGUGAAGGAGACAGCAGCAAAUGAGACAGAAAGACAUACACAAAAAGCAACGGGAAUUACAGUACGCAUUGCUACAAGACCGCCUGCUGCUGCUGCUGCUGCUCCUGCUGCUGCUGCUCCUGCUGCUGCUGCUGCGUCUAUGCAGCAGAAGGAGGGAAGCAAACUGGUAGCAGGCCCUCCUCCAGAUGUUCUGCAUGCGUUUGACGCCUUUGCUGCUCCUGCUGCGGUCGCGAGCAGCAGCAGCAGCAGCAGCAAAGAGACUGAAGCAGCAACAACUGCAGCAGCUGCUGCUGAAGGACCCCACGAAAGUAUUAAGGAGGCCAAGCGGCUGCUGCGGGACAUGAAGCACCAGGGAUUCGCACUGAAUGGAGUUGCAUGCGCGUUUGCUGCAACAGCAACAGCAACAGCAGCAGCAGCAGCAGCAGCAGCAACAGCAGCAGCAACACCAGACCCAGGCUGCAUAGACACCGCAGCCUCGGAGACAGAGACAGGGCACAACACUUUGCUGCGCCCCACGAAGAUCACCAGCAGCAGCAGCAGCCUUCUUCAGUUUGCUGCAGCAACAAGAGAGCAGCGCAACAAAGCGCUUCUCAGGGGCCCCACAGCAGCAGCAGCAGCAGCAGCAGCAGGGCGUAGAGAUAUCAUCACUAAGACCCGCUUCGCCCACCGGACAAAACUCAUUUCUGCUGCUGAGCGAUCUGCUGCUCCUUUCAUUUCCCUCAAGUCAUCUGCUGCAGCAGCAGCAGCAACAGCAGCAGCAGAAGGCACAGCAGCAGAAACCGCUGCAGCUGCCGAUCCAACGGCAGGGACUGCUGCUGCAGCAGCGGGGGAAGCAGCAGGUGAACCAUUACCAGCAGCAGCAGCAGCAGCAGCAACAGACGAGGGAGAGAGCUUGAAUGUGUCUCUGCUCGUAGGAGAGGCCGCAGAGGGAUUUGCACUUACAUAA